UGAUCGUGGCCUGGCAGCUCUUCGACGCUCGAACAUUCUGUCGUGUGUUUUCGGCUCUACGGAUGCGCGCUUAAAAAAUACUUACGGCAUUAUAUCUACAGCUUCUCUCUGGAUGGCUUGCAUGUUGAUACGGAUCAAGCAAGCUACUGUUAUAGUUCCACGGGCGACUGCUUGAGAUCAAAUGACAUUCUAAACAACAUCGAGAAUGUAGAUCCUCUGGGUAUUACUGGGUCUACUCUUCAAGAGAUAUAACCAUGAGAUAGAACUCGCAGUCCCAGCAGCAUUGUCACCAUGUUGAAACCAGUAGCUUCAGCGAACCUUGGUCAUUCCAACAAGCCACCCCUCAGUCCGAAGGAUCACCACAGCUUAUAUCCGUUUGGCUUGAGCAAUGACCUCGGAAAUGCAUUUGUGAUCAUCAAACCUUCAGAGAAACACAAUGAGAAUCUGCAUCAAGAUGAGAUUGGUAUUACAGUUCAUCCCCCGCACGGUCUGUCACACUCCCCGGUGUCUAACGUGCGGUCCGCGACUCCACUUACGUUGCUCGUGCCGAAAAAAGUGGAGCUGGGACACUCGAGCCAGUCCCUUACCAUGCGCAACUCUCCUAGACUCUUGAGUGCAUCCUCCUCCAUACUUGAUCUAUCUGUGGAGUCCGAGGCACUGGAGAGAGCUAUACGAACCAAUGAGACGUCCGUCGUUAUAAAGAUGCUGGAGGUGCACCACAGGAAGUUUGCCAUCAACCCCCACGCGCCGGUGUACCUUCGUGCGAGUGGAGACAAGAGCAGCACCAGCAGUUGUGACUCACGGAGUCAGUCCAGUAGUCGUGCAGGGGAUGCACCGCCGCCCCUGAAGAAGACGCCCAACCUCCCCGAGAAAACCUACCAUAUCUCGGAAAAGUAUGCCGAUCGGCUGGAGAGCAUCACCGUCGAUGAACAGGACGUUCCGUGGAUCUUCCGCAGCGCGCUGCACGUGUCCAUCUGGUCGAACGCCGUCGACGUGGCACGCUUGCUCCUGCAUUACGGCGUCGAUCCGAACGCCGGCGGGGUGAAGCCAUUCGUGCACGAGUACUACGGCAGCGACACCAACAGCAGUCCCAGCCCCUGCAUGCUGUCACCGAUGCAGGGUGGCUUCAGCCGGCCGGGGAGUCGCGAGGAGCGGCGUUCCACCGCCUCCGAGAUCUUCUUCGGCAACCUCCUCUCCCCGGAGCAGAACGCCAAGCGACCGCACAGCGUCAGCUCCUGCCGCUCGCGCAACUCCAGUUUCCGCUCGUUCCACGGCAGCUUCCGCCGGCAGCAGCGUCUCGCGCGGCAGCGCUCGCUCGAGCGGCCCGACUACGCGCCGCGCUACACGCCCGAGUACCUGUACACGCUGCCGCCGCUCUUCGUCGCCGCCGCACAGGGCGCCGGCGAAGCGGCGCGCAUGCUCGUGCGCCACGGCGCGCGCGUCGACGUCCGAGACACGCACGGCAACACUCCGCUGCACGUCGCCGUCGGCGGCGACGCGGCGGCGUCGGCGGCGGCAAUCGACUGCGUGGCGGCGCUUCUCGAGGGCGGCGCGCGCGUCGACGCGCCGAACCAGGACGGCGUCGCGCCGGUCGACGUCGCACCCGAGCUCGUCGCGAUGCAGCGCGAGAUCGUCGACGAGGCGAUGCUCGCGUUUCAUCCCGCCAGGGGGCGCCUCGCGAAGAGCGGGUCGGCGCACACGGUCGCGGCGCGGCUGGACAGCGCCGGGUCUGGCUCGCGCGCCGCGGGCAUCCUCCGUCGCCUCCAGCACGACCUUGGCUCGAAGGCGAAGGGCGGAGGCGGCGGCGGGAAGAGGUCGACGCGGGAGAACUCUCCCGACGACAGCGUCUUCAUGUCGGAGCACGGCCACGGCGAGGCGCCCUCUACAACGUCCGACACGACGAUCAUCCUCGACAACAAGACUCUGUGA